GGUCUGUUUAUGUGCGCGCGUGUGUUGAUGGCAGCCUCCAGUGACAGCAUGCGGAACAUAAACAGCGCGCUCUGUCAAAUAGCCACAGAAAAACUUACAAACACGCAUCUCACAACUUUGCAAACUGCGACGAAAGCUUUACGGGAUGAGCAGUUCAGAGCCAGUGUUGACAGGGAGGCUCUUGGAAACCUCUUUGCAGUGUUGUCAAGACUUUCUGUGGAUGUUGAGCAUUUGACUGAGAGGAUGGAUUCACAAGAAGAAGCAUCUCUAUGCCUUAAACUUACCGCAGAGUGUUUCAGAGCGCACAGAAAUGCCUGUGUGCAGUGCUCUCAAAACCAGUGCUGUCUGAGAGAUCUAGGCUCUAUCAAGCUAUCUUUUGAGAUUUUGGCCAGACUCCUCAAGAUUUCAUCAGGAGGUUCAAAUGACAUUUAUGACGCACUUCGAUGUGGGAUUCAGUUUCUUGGUAACAUUGCCGUUGGAAACCAACUUUGCAAAGAUGACAUCUGGGAGUGUGGUUUCCCGCACAUCUUCUGGGACCUUUUGGAGCUUGCAGAUGAGAAAGCUGUUUCAUACACAUGUAUGGUGAUCCACACUUGUCUGGAUGAACACAAAACAGAGCAGCUAGUUAAAGACUCACAGCAGCUUAAAUUGACCCUGAAGAUCAUGGACUUGUGCAGGACGUUGCCUGAAGUGGAAUGGACGGUCUUUAUUGUCACACAACACUUUCUCAAGUCGUCAGAGCUCGUUAGGAAGAUUUACACCAAAAUGACCAAUGAGGAAAGGCUCACGCUGUUGGAGCUGAUAUUAGCACAGCUUGGUGUUGUUGAGGAGGAGAACUGUUUAAUACCUCUGAGCGCAGCUCAGUUCCUGGCUUCCUGCUUCACUGAUCACUGCAGAGCUGUUCUCACUCUGAGCUCUGAAUCAUCAGAUGACCAGGAGGCUAUGGUUGUUAUCAGGCUUUUGGACAUCCUUUGUGAAAUGACCUCUGACUGGAAGGAGUUUAUGGCCCUGCAGGAUCACUCUGACCUUUUGAGCACAACAGUCGAUCUCUUGAAAGAGGUCCACUUACUGGGCAAAAGCAGUAAAAAUGUGUUCACCGCAGCUCACGAUUUCUCCUUGACAAGGCCAGGGGGCGCUGACACCCAUCCUGCCCUCAGUUUCAAAGCUCAUCUCAUUCGACUCAUUGGGAACCUAUGUCAUGGCCACGUUGUCAACCAGGACAAGGUAAGAGAACUGGACGGUAUAGCUCUCAUUCUGGACAACUGCAGCAUCGACAGCAACAACCCCUUCAUAAGCCAGUGGGGUGUGUUUGCCAUCCGGAACAUUCUGGAACACAACCUAGAGAAUCAGAAGCUGAUACAAGGUCUUCGGAGACGAGGUGUGGCAGACGACACGAUGCUCAGAGAAAUGGGCUUCAGAGUGGAAGAAAGGGAUGGCAGUCUACUGCUCAGGCCCCUAAAGAAGGACCCAUAGUUGAUUAAGUAGAGCUGAGAGACUGCUAUCCCGGCAUGCCCACACCCCUUUACCAUGCUAUAUUACACUCUGGUGAUGGCUUAAAACGCCCACAACACACUGGGGUCAUUAAAUAUCCAAUCAGUAGUUGGCAGCACAAGGGGGUGGUCUGGGCUUUGUGUUCUCCACACAAGAGGAAAUCAAUCAGAGGAGCUUAUCUGAGAGGACUCAUGCUGAUGUCUGUGAUGCAUUUAGUGGUCUUUGAUUCCAAACCCCCCCAAAAUGGGAUUCAAAUCCUAUGAAACAAGGAGAACCGUGUCUUCCUGGCUUUUCAGCCACUAAAGAGACUGGUGACCAACAGGGAGUAGAGGUUAAUCCCUAAUUCAGUGCAUUUUAUAGAGACCAGGCCGCCUCUUGAUCUGUACACGUAAAGUUCAUCUCUGAAUAGCCGUGAGACUCGGAUCCUUCUUUUUGAAAGCUGACUUAAGAUUCUGUGCUUUAAAUCAGGUUUGUUUACAAAGCUGUGCAAUUUCAAAAAUUCUCCUAUUAUUUGAACAAACUUCCCGUGUAGCUUGGUAGAUGGAGAUUGCUGUAUGAUAGGGCUGUCUAUCUAACUUUAAUUUAGUGCAUUUAUUAUAAUAAAAUAACACAACGCAA